AUGAUUAUUUACUCUGACGUUAUCUCCGGCGACGAAUUGUUGUCCGAUGCUUACGAUGUCAAGCUCGUUGACGGUGUCGUUUACGAGGCCGACUGUAACAUGAUCCAGGUCAAGAACGGUGGUGAGGUUGACAUUGGUGGAAACCCAUCUGCUGAGGGUGGAGAUGAGGAGUUGGAGGAGGGUGUUGAGACCGUCAACAACGUCGUCUACUCUUUCAGAUUGUCCCAGACUUCUUUCGACAAGAAGUCCUUCUUGACCUACAUCAAGGGUUACAUGAAGAAGGUCAAGGCUCACUUGGCUGAGACUGCUCCAGACCAGGUUGAGACCUUCGAGAAGGGUGCUCAGACUUACGUCAAGAAGAUCAUUGGUAACUUCGGUGACUGGGACUUCUACACCGGUGAGUCCAUGGACCCAGAUGCCAUGAUUGUCUUGUUGAACUACCGUGAGGACGGUACCACUCCAUACGUUGCUAUCUGGAAGCACGGUGUCAAGGAGGAGAAGAUCUAA